AUGCACAUUCGUAUGUGCAACAUUUUUGAAAAAGAGACAACUAAAAGAAUGUACAAACGAGAAUUAUGCCACACCUCCUCCUCCCUCGCCCGCCGCACCAACCUCCUCUUCUCCGCCAUCGCCGAGUCCCAGCCCCUCGACCGCGCCCUCGCCCUCUUCCGCCUCCUCCCCGCCCGCGACGCCGCCGCCUGGAACGCCGCCGCACCCGAUCCCCUCACUCUCCGCUCGGUCCUAAACGCUUGCUCCAAUCUAAACGACCUUGAUUUGUUGAUCCAGAUUCAUUCUUACGUCAUCAAAACUAGUAGCUUGCAUUCAUUCUCCUCCGAAAUUACUGUAUUAUACACUCAUUUGCUUAACCUGUACGCGAAAUUCGGGUUGGUCGAGGUUGCCCGCAAGUUGUUCGAUGAAAUUCCCGACAUAGAUGUCGUCGCGUUCACUUCGUUGUUGGCUCGAUAUGGUGAAUCGGGUCGGCAGUUGGAUGCUUUGAGGCUUUAUCAAGAAAUUGUCAAAAGCGAUUACACAGAGAUGAAUGCGCACACUUAUUCGUGCGCUUUACGUGCUUGUGUGAGCAUCCGUGCGUUAUUUGAGGGGCGGCAGAUACAUGCGCAGAUCGUCAAAUUGAGUAUGGGAUCCGAUGUGUUCGUCGGCACGGGUUUGGUAGAUUUAUAUGUUAAAUGCGGUGAAAUGGAGUGUGCAAUGAGAGCCUUUUUGGAGAUUGAGGAGCCCAGUGUUGUGUCGUGGAACUCUCUAAUGGCCGGGGAUUUAGGUGGGGAAGAGUGUUUUCAGCUUUUUGCGCAAAUGCAGGAGAGUGGCCUGAGCCCUGAUCAUGUCACAUUUGCUUGUGUUCUUCGAUCUCUUAAAGAUGCUGAUUUGAGUGCUAUCACAGUCCGGCAAUUCCAUGGUCUAAUUGUGAAAAUGAUGGACAUGAAAUUGGAUGUUUUUGUGAGCACUGCUCUUUUUGAAGCUUACAUUGAUCACAGUUGCGAUGUCGAGGCUCAGCGAGUUCUUGCUGAGAUGGAGGAGAAGGACGAUGCGACUUUUAAUGUGGUAAUACAAGGGUGUCUUAGAAAUGGGUAUGCAGCUAAAGCUGUGGAUGCAUUUUUCGAGGCUUUGAAGGUCAGUGCGGAGCUACGAGAGGCGACUGUGUCGAUGCUUUUGAGGGCAAUAGGACUGUAUAAUGGGACACAGGUGCAUGCUCUUGUUAUUAAGCGUGGAUGUUGUAAUAGUAGCAGCGGUGCAUCUGUUCUUAGCUCUCUUAUAAGGAUGUAUGCUGAGCACCGCUGUUUAGACAAAGCUCUCCGCCUUUUUGAACAGAUUCAUAGUCCGGAUGUUGUCCAAUGGACUUCUCUCAUAGCAGGAUUUUCGCAGAGUGGUGAGAGCCAUGAAGCUUUAAAAUUGUAUGUUAGAAUGUUAUCUGAUGAAUUGGGAGAUGCUCCAAAUCACUAUACAUUCUCAACUCUUCUGACUUCGUGUGCGGAGCUUGGAGCAGGUGAAGAAGGGAAACAGAUUCAUGCCCAGAUAACCAAAGCAGGAAUAAAUGUUAGCCGCGACAAAUUUGUCUCGAGUAGCUUGCUGUACAUGUAUGCAUCAUGUGGUUAUAUAGGGGAAGCAAGUAGGCUUUUUGAUAAGAUGCCGCAGAGAGACUUGGCCUCAUGGAAUGCGAUGAUUAACAGCUUAUCUCAGCAUGGUUAUGCUCAAAAAGCCUUAGAAAUGUUUCAUGAAUUAUUGAACAAGAAGAAUAUGCAACCAAACCACAUCACUUACAUUGGAGUUCUCACCGCAUGCAAUCGAGGUGGAAUGGUCGAAAAGGGGUACAAAUAUUUCAAGUCUAUAGAAAAACCGACGAUUGAUCACUAUGCUUGCCUCAUCGACAUGUUUGGCCGUGCAGGGAGGUUAAAGGAAGCGAUGAGUUUUGUGGAGGAAAUGCCAUUUCAGCCCAAUGAACUUAUUUGGACUUCACUACUUGCGGCCAGUAGCAUGCAUGGCAACAUUGAACUAGGAGAGUACUCAGCGAAACAGCUUCUGAAGUUGAAUCCGAAGGAUCCUGGAACUUACGUUGCUCUGUCGAAUAUUUACGCUGCUUCUAGGAGAUGGAAGGAUAUGAAGGAAGUGAGGAGACUAAUGGAAUCUCAGGCAGAUAGGAAACAAGCAGGAGUUAGCUGGGUAAGAAGCAAGAAGGGACAAAAGUAUGUGUUCUCUGCAGAUAAAAGAAGUUAAUAAUGCCAAAAUAUAAUUGUUUAACAAGGUAUCAGAGCAAAUUAAACUACUACACAGAUUAGAACAAUCAAUGGUUGAAGUUUUGGUGAUUUUUGCUCUUAGCAGCUUGGUGAUAGCAAGAGCAACCACUUUUUUUUUUUUUUUCCUCUCUUUUUGCUGAAAGUGUAUAGAAGAUUUUUCUUCUUAUGUAUAUUUGCUAGAUAUUACAUUAUGGCAGAAGUUUUGCAUGAGUGUAUGUACCUUAUGUACAAAAUGAGUGAAAACGUUGCAAGAUGCAAAUUCGCAAUUCACCGUUUAUAUCGAUUUUGACUUAAA